GACCAGUUCCAUCGUCACACAAACCAAGCACAAUGUCGAGCAAGACUAUCAUCGUUACCGGUGCCUCUCGAGGAAUCGGCCUCGCCAUCGCGAAAUACCUCCUCACCGCACCCCAAUCCCACAAUGUUGUCGUGAUCGCUCGUAGUCGCGAACCCCUCGAGAAGCUCAAGGAGCAAUACAGCAAGCAGGUCGAAGUGCUCAAUGGAGACCUGGCCGAUUUCUCCCUCGGUCAGAAGGCCGUGGACCUGGCUCUCAAGUCCUUCGGCCGUCUGGACGGCAUGGUCCUCAACCACGGCAUGCUCGGACAAGUAGGCAAGGUCAAGGAUGCCGAUUUCGCGCAAUGGAAGCACGCAUUCGAUGUGAACUUUAUCAGUCUUACUGCUUUCAUCAAAGCCGGUCUUCCCGCCCUCCGUGAAUCCAAGGGAAAAAUUAUCUUCACUUCGUCGGGUGCUGCCGUCACAGCUUAUAGAGGAUGGGCUCUUUACGGUGCGACCAAGGCGGCUAUGAACCACCUCGCUUUGAGCUUGGGAGAGGAAGAACCCGAGGUCACUUCGAUUUCUAUCCGGCCUGGUAUGGUUGACACCGAGAUGCAGCGGGAGCUGCGUGAGGACCACGCUACGACUCUGGAGCCGCAGAUGCAUGCCAAGUUUACGACGGUCCACAAGGAUGGCAAGCUCCUUAAGCCAGAGCAGCCGGGCCAUGUAAUGGCGAAGCUGGUGUUGGACGCUCCUAACGAGCUUACUGGGAAAUUCUUCACGUGGAACGACAAGGCUCUUGAGGCGUUCCAGGAGUAGAUUACAACUAGAUGAUUCUUAUGAAGACAGUCAGUAUAUACCGUCAACAAAACUCAAUAUAGAACAUAUUGCGAAAUAGAAUACAAAUCAG